AUGGCUGAACCGGAGGAUCUCGAGGAGGAUCUCUUCGCGGAUCUUUAUGAUGCCGAUGAAUCAACCAACCGCACUACUUCCGCAGUAGAGACAUCCAAGUCCGCCGAACCCGUCGCGGCCGCAGUUCCUACUCCCGCUGAGGAACCUGCUACUGCUAUUUCUGCUGUCCCCUCUUACGAAUCUUCGGCCCCCGAUUCAUACCCCGCAUACCAGGCGCCCCAGCAAGAUUACAAUACAGGUUAUCAGAAUGGCUCCCAGGCCCCCGCUGUAUCCGCGCAAGCUCCUAACGCAGACCAUGAACCUCAUGGUUCUGGAUCCGGUACAGGAAUUAAGGAAGAUGGGUGA